AAUCUCCAAAAUUCUCUCUCUGCAAUAACACCCCUUUCCCUCUCCAUUUAAUGCAAUUGCACCCUCUCAAUACGAUCUGCAAUAACUCCUCCCUUUCCCCCUUCCUCUUCCUCUUCCCCUUCUUCUUCUUCAUCUUCAUCUUCUUCAUCUUCUCAAUAUCAAAUAAUAUUCACCAUCUUCUUCUUCUUCAUCUUCUCCUUCAAAAACCCUAGACCUUCCACUACCACAACUUGUACUCAUACUCAUACUCAUAUUCAUACUUAUCCAUCCAAACCCUUCAAAAAACCAUAACAAUACAACUCCCAAAUCAGAUCUGAAAACUCACUUUAUCUUGAUAGGAGAGAGAGAAAUUGAGGAAUAUAUAUAGAAAAAAUUGCAAGUGCUUGAGGAAAGAGAGAGAGCAUUUUAGGAUAUUGUCCGAGAUCUUAGUGGAUGUUUAUGUAAAUCUCAUUUGUUUUUCCAUCUGUCGGAUUUUUUUCUUUUUCUUCCAAUUUUCAUCCAAUUCAUUUAUAUUAUUACAACUUGGCAAAGAAAAAAGAAGACGAAAAAAUUAGUGUUACAGUCAUGCCCGCCGGAAUUAUGACACCGGCGAGAAACAUGGGGUCGAUGAUUGGAAGAAAUGGGAAUAAUGAUGUUGCUGGAUUUUCCUCUCCUUCUGGACUUCCUUUUUCUCAGAUUGAAAAACCAUAAGCUCUUCUGCCUCUCUCCCUCUACUACGGAAUCUUAAAGAUCUGUAGAAAAAUGUUCCAGCCAAGCAUUAUGGAUGCUCACCUUCUCCCUCUAGACAUCCCUCAAAACACUUCGGAAAGCGAUCUUGCUCGAAUCAGAGAUGACGACUUCGACAGUGCUACUAAAUCCGGCAGCGAUAACAACCAUGAGCUCGUGUCCGGUGAUGACCAAGAUCCUCGUCCUAAAAAGAAGCGUUACCAUCGUCAUACUCAACAUCAGAUCCAAGAAAUGGAAGCGUUCUUCAAAGAGUGUCCUCACCCUGACGACAAACAAAGAAAGGAAUUAAGCAGGGAAUUAGGGUUAGAGCCUUUGCAAGUCAAAUUUUGGUUCCAAAACAAACGCACUCAAAUGAAGAAUCAACACGAGAGGCAUGAGAAUACUCAACUUCGAACAGAAAAUGAGAAGCUUAGAGCUGAUAACAUGAGAUAUAGAGAAGCCCUAAGCAAUGCUUCAUGCCCUAAUUGUGGUGGCCCUACUGCCAUUGGUGAAAUGUCUUUUGAUGAACAUCAUCUUAGACUCGAAAAUGCCCGUCUCCGCGAAGAGAUCGAUCGCAUAUCAGCAAUAGCUGCAAAAUACGUAGGGAAGCCAGUGGUGAACUACCCUCUACUUUCUCCAUCAGUCCCAUCUCGUCCACUAGAGUUAGGAAUGGCCAACUUCGGACCACAACCCGGCCUGGGAGGAGGAGACAUCUAUGGCUCCGCCAGCGACCUAAUCCGAUCCAUCAGUGCCCCAACGGAGGCCGAUAAACCAAUGAUCAUUGAGCUAGCCGUUGCAGCCAUGGAAGAACUAACUAGAAUGGCUCAAAUGGGUGAGCCAUUGUGGAUGACUACACUGGAUGGCUCCACCCAUAUGCUCAAUGAAGAUGAGUACUUAAGAACGUUUCCAAGAGGCAUUGGUCCUAAGCCUUCUGGGUUUAAAUGUGAAGCCUCUCGUGAAUCGGCUGUUGUCAUCAUGAACCACAUUAACCUAGUCGAGAUUCUCAUGGACGUGAAUCAAUGGUCGACUUUAUUUUCUGGAAUUGUGUCUAGAGCUAUGACACUUGAAGUUCUAUCAACUGGUGUUGCUGGAAAUUACAAUGGUGCUUUGCAAGUGAUGACGUCGGAAUUUCAAGUUCCAUCGCCACUAGUUCCGACUCGCGAAAGUUACUACGUUAGAUAUUGUAAGCAGCAUGGAGACGGGACGUGGGUGGUGGUGGAUGUUUCGUUGGAUGAUUUACGCCCUACACCUGGUGUUCGAUGUAGACGAAGACCUUCCGGUUGUUUGAUCCAAGAAAUGCCAAAUGGUUAUUCAAAGGUUACAUGGGUUGAGCAUGUAGAAGUGGAUGAUAGAGGAGUUCAUAAUCUUUACAAGCAACUAGUGAGCUCUGGCCAAGCUUUUGGGGCUAAACGCUGGGUUACAACUUUAGACCGCCAAUGUGAACGACUCGCCAGUGCCAUGGCCACUAACAUUCCUACUGGUGAUGUUGGAGUGAUAACGAAUCAAGAAGGGAGAAAGAGUAUGUUGAAGCUGGCUGAGAGAAUGGUGAUAAGCUUUUGUGCUGGAGUGAGCGCCUCCACAACUCACACAUGGACUACUUUGUCGGGUACUGGUGCGGACGAUGUUCGAGUCAUGACUAGAAAGAGCAUCGACGACCCGGGAAGACCUCAUGGUAUUGUCCUUAGUGCGGCAACUUCCUUCUGGCUUCCUGUUCCACCCAAGAGAAUCUUCGAUUUUCUUCGAGAUGAAAACUCUCGCAGUGAGUGGGACAUUCUUUCCAACGGCGGAGUAGUUCAAGAAAUGGCUCACAUUGCCAACGGCCGCGACACUGGCAACUGCGUUUCUCUCCUACGAGUAAACAGCGCAAAUUCAAGCCAAAGCAACAUGCUAAUCUUGCAAGAAAGCUGCACAGACCCAACAGCCUCAUUCGUGAUCUACGCACCAGUGGACGUAGUAGCAAUGAACCUCGUCCUAAAUGGUGGCGAUCCCGACUAUGUAGCACUACUCCCCUCAGGGUUUGCCAUUCUUCCGGAUGGCGGAGGCGGAGAGGGUGUUUCGGGAGGGUCGUUGUUGACAGUUGCAUUUCAAAUACUGGUGGAUUCAGUGCCAACCGCAAAACUGUCACUUGGGUCAGUUGCAACGGUAAACAAUCUGAUAGCUUGUACGGUGGAAAGGAUAAAAGCUUCAUUAUCAUGUGAGAAUGCAUAAGUAAAAGAGAAGAGAGGAAAAGUUUUUCAUUUUCUUUUUUUGUGGGGGGGGGGGGGGUUUAGUCUUUUAGGGCUUAUAUUAGAAGUAGUAAUGUGAAAGAAAAUGAGGGAAUUUUUGGCUGAUACAAAGUCUGAUUUUGGGGAGAAAGUCAAGAGCGCACCCUUGAAACCUUAAAAACAUUGAAAAAAGUAAAAAGAAGAUAUAAGGGGUUCGGGCAUUGACUUCCUCGAACAGAGUAAAAGCUGAAACAACAAAUGAAGAAGAAAGGAAUGGGCCAUCAUCAUUAGGGGGGAUAAAACCUUGUAUUUUACUUGCAUAUUAUUAUUAUUAUUAUUAUUAUAAUUACCUACUUUUCAUAUCA